AAAGAAGAAGCUUUUAGGGCAUCCAAAACUGCUGCCCCAUUUCCAGCGAGAAAAUAGGGCUAUAACAAUUACAAAAGGCGGGAAAUUCUAACUUUCGCGCGCUAUUUGAUUUUAUUCCUCCACCCGCCUUUCAUAUUUGACCUAACAGCCGAUUUAUUCAAUCACAGUCAUCUUUUUGAUCACCCGAAAUUUGGAGCUAAAGAAAAUAGAACGGAAAAUGUUCGGAAACAGCAGCCAAUUCGACUCCGUCGCCGCCUUCUCCGGCGGCGGCUUUGUCCCAUCUCAGUCCACUCAAGGCCCAGACGCAUCCCAUUCAUCGGCCAAGAGUCGCGACCAGACGCCUCUGCUUCCACUAACAAUGAAGCAGAUAAGCCAAGCAGUUCAAUCGAGCAACGAUAAGUCUAGUUUCCUGAUUGACGGCAUUGAUGUCAGCAAUGUGAGAGUGGUGGGGAUGGCAUUCAAGAAAGCUGAGAGGGUCACUGAUGUAACAUUUGUGAUUGAUGAUGGCACCGGUCGCAUCGAAUGCAAUCGAUGGCUGAAUGAUGCUGUUGACAACAAUGAAGUAGGGGGAGUAUUGGAUGGGAUGUAUGUUGUUGUUCAUGGGCACUUGAAAAGCUUUCAGGGUAAAAUGCAGAUAAUGAGCUUUGCUAUAAGGCCUGUGACUGACUAUAAUAUGAUUGCAAACCACUUUCUUGAAUGUAUUUAUGUCCAUCAGUGCAAUGCGAAGCCAAAGAUACAAAGUAGCCUUUCUACCCAGAAUCCAUCUGAAGGACAGUCCCAGGUCAACACUCAAUCAAAUGGAUAUAAUUCUACCUCCACAGUUCAACUCUCUGGACAGAAUUGUAUGGAUGGGCUCAAGGGAAUUGAAAAAAUGGUGAUGGAUUAUUUGCAUCAGCCUUCAUCAAUUGCGCAGGAAAAGGGAAUACACAGGAAUGAGAUCGCUCAACAGCUUAAAGUUCCAUCGGAGAAGAUCUUGGAAGCAAUUGAGUCACUUGAAACAGAAGGUCUGGUUUACUCUACCAUUGACGAGUGCCACUAUAAGUCUACUAGUGCUUGAAGCUCAAUAUCAGCAUAUAUAUUGGAUAGCCAAGUUUGUUAGUAUGGAGUGGCAGAACUAGUGUAAUGUUACUAGGUUAAUCCUAUUCCCCAUUUUAUGUUGAUGACAGAAGUGAAUUUGCUUUACUACAUAUAUGUUAAACAAAGUUUAGAGUGAUAUCUAAUUUUAUUAGUAAAUAUAAAAUUUAUAUAUUUAAUAGUUA